AUAUGGAACGUUACUCCGCUCAAAUUGGUUUGCUUGAAGUUGCUUGUUGUAAUGUAAAGAUUUGUGAAGCAUAUUUUUUAAUUUUAUUUCUUCCGUUAUAAAUAUUUUUACAUACUCACCGUUGUGUAGUUUGCUGAUAGUUAAAUGAAAAUUAAGUUAGUGUCAUCUAAGUCAGUGUUUUCUUUCAUUUUGGCGCCGUUGCCAUACAUUUUUAUUUAGUGGAGUCGUUACAAAAUAUUGCAAAAUGACUUCAGCUCUUUACCUGGAACAUUAUCUGGAUAGCUUGCAACAUUUGCCAAUAGAAUUACAAAGGAAUUUUAAGUUAAUGAGAGACCUCGACGAUAGGGCUCAUGGCUUAAUGAGGACAAUUGAUCUUAUGGCCGAUGAAUUAUUACCGAAUAUUCCAAAAAUGGACGAAGAAACAAAAAAAGAAAAGGUAAAUACAAUUCAGGGGUUAUUCAAUAAAGCUAAAGAAUAUGGAGACGAUAAAGUCCAGCUUGCGAUCCAAACAUACGAACUUGUUGAUAAGCACAUACGUCGCCUUGAUUCUGACCUCGCACGAUUUGAAUCCGAAAUUCAAGAGAAAGUAAUGAAUUCGCGCGCGGCGCAACACGCUGCUACAGAUCAGGAGAGUAAUCCAGCUACAGUGAAGAAAGGCAGGAAGAAACAUAAAGGAAGCGAAAAAACAGCUGCUACCACUGGAAAGAAAAAAAGGACUGGUGCUUCAAGCGAGGAAGACGCCGUGGCUAGUGGUCGAUCAGCCGCAAAGAAAAAGGCACAAAGAAAGGGUACAACCACAACAACUACAACCCUAGCAAAGGAACAAGAAGAAAACGCGGAUCUGGAUUCGGUGGCUGGAAUGGCACAUCCCAGCGACGUUCUCGACAUGCCCGUGGAUCCCAACGAACCUACAUAUUGUCUCUGCCACCAAGUUUCAUAUGGUGAGAUGAUAGGUUGCGACAACCCCGACUGUCCCAUCGAAUGGUUCCACUUCGCCUGCGUAGACCUCAAAAUUAAACCCAAAGGCAAAUGGUACUGUCCCAAGUGUACACAGGAUCGGAAAAAGAAAUGAUCUAUAAUAAAACCAUCCCCAAAACCCGCAGAAAAGACUGUCGUAAUAAAAAAAGAAUUAAAGUGAUUAUAUUAGUUUGUAAGAAUAGUGGCUAAUAUAAACAUACUGUUUUCUAUUUAAAUAUAUAUAUAUAUGUAUAUGGAUUUAUCAUUAUAGAAUUAAUUUAUUUUUUAUCAUAAAUUAACUGAUCAAAUAAUUUUAAGUGUAAUAGAAAAUGCCUUUACAAUUGGCUACAACUUACAAUGUGUACCUCGACACUGGUGCAUGAUGCAAUAGAAAUCAAUCCCUUUAAAAAUUUUAUUCAAAUUUUUAUCGAAAUAUAUCUGUACAUUGUGCUUCCAUUCAUUUUCCAUGGAUAAAACUGAUUUGAUUGUAAAUAAAACGUAAUUAAAAAUGUA